UAAAUAAUUAGAUAUUGUCCAUAUGCACAACUAUGACGUAAUAUAGAAACAGCGUCUAGUUCAAUGACGUCACAGUCAGCUCCGCCAUCAUGUCCAACUCCAUCUUCGACGCCCUCACAGGAGUAACAUUAGAGGGUUCGGCGGGGCUCACGGUGCAACAGCUCUUGGAUGCCCCUGAUUUAAUCCAAAGUACUGUUACUAUUGCCGGAGGCUCUCCAACUGCCACAUCUACUAGCCACCAAUGUGCUCAGCUCUCCUCUGCCAUCACAAAUGCAACAAUAAGUGAGGGAGUAUCUCUGGAUGAUGACGAUGUCUUCCAGUGUGGGAGAUGCAAGAAGCAGUUUUCAUCUCUUGAUAUUUUCAUGGUUCAUAAACGUGAUCAUUGUUCAAGUAAAAAUGGAGUGGUGCAUACACUUCAAGCAACACAGGGACCUCCUCAUUCUUCACCAACAGACCAUGGAAGCUUUGAAAGUGAAAGUCCAUCUCUUGCCGGCCAAAUUCACUUACAAGUUCAACCACAACAAACACAAGUAUCUACAGCAUAUAGCAGUGGUGGCUUGCCUUCUCCUGGUACCAUUAUUGUCAAUGAAGCAGAACUACUUCCAUUUACCAUUGAAACUGCUCAGGUAUUGCCACUGCCAGGGGGGUUGCAGACAGCCAACUUUCUGCCCGUUUCCAGCAGCAAUAAAACCUUGUCAUCAGCAGUUUCCCCAUUGCUCACUACCACCACCACUAUUACUACUCCCCUUGAAAAAUGGUUUCGUGGAUUUUUCUUCUCAGGCUCCUGUUUAGGGAAGAGAACCAGUCACUCUUUUCUUUGUGAAUACCAGGAUGUUGGCUCAAACUUAGCAUCACCCCAGACACUAACCACAAUGGUUGAUGUAGAUGGUAGUGAGGGUGGAGAAGGUUGUAAUGAUGAAGAUCCAGAUCAUGAGGAAAUGUCUGAAGAGAGAGAUGAUAUUGCUUGCUACAAUCAUGAGUUCUUCCAUGGUGGAAUGGCGAAGACAGCACCAAGCAAAAAUGAACCCCUGAAACUGAAGCCAAAGCACAGAUGCCCCUUUUGUGCCAAGGAAUUUAGCAAGAACUUUGAUCUUCAGCAACACAUUCGUUCACAUACUGGAGAGAAGCCAUUCCAGUGCAUUGUGUGUGGCAGAGCCUUCACACAGAAAAGCAAUGUGAAGAAGCAUAUGGCUACUCAUCGGGUGUGGCCCUCUGGCUCUCUUAGUGACACUUUACCGAAAGAUCCAAUUAAGAAACUUAUGAUGUCUUCAUCAACCAUAGAUAUGGUACCUCAAAUUGACCUUUUAGAGGAGGGUGUGUUGAAAGAAGAGGUGCUGGUGGAUGAUUCAUACGUAUGCCAGUUCUGUGGACAUUCCCUUGACAGCUAUGUUGAGCUGCGCACUCACAUGAAACUUCAUGCUCAUCAGAAGGUGUAUAAAUGUAUCCAAAAAAAUUGUGAGCUGGCCUUUGAUGACUUGGACUCCUUUCUGGACCACAUCCGGACACACGACCGUGACCUGCAGUAUCGCUGCCAUACUUGCUCGAAGGUGUUCUCCUCUCUCAAUACUCUCGGCUAUCACCAGUAUGAACACUCGGUGUACCCUCAAUCAAAGAAAGCUAUAGGUCCAAGCUAUUUUCGAUGUACGAAGUGUAUGAACAAAUAUGCAAGUGCAGAAGCAUUAGAGCAUCAUCUGCGUACAUCUUCUCAUCAUUAUCCUUGCAAACAGUGUGGAAAAAUAUUCACAUCAGAACGAUUGCUGCGCCGUCAUUUGCACGUUCAUGGAACAGUCAAUUUAUUCACCUGUGCUCAAUGUUCUAAGGAAUUUAAAUCCGAAUACUCCUUAAAGUUGCACCAAUUAAUACACACUGGAGAGAAGCCUUUUGAGUGCCACUUAUGUAAGACUGCCUUCAACCGCCGAGAUAAAUUGAAACGUCACAUGCUGAUCCACGAAGCCAAAAAAUUCAAGUGUCCUUUUAGGUCUACUGUUGGGUGCCAGAAGGAAUUUAGCAGACCUGAUAAAUUGCGGCUCCAUAUGAUGACCCAUGCAGGUGGCCGUGCACGGCGUGGACGAGGCCGUGGUCGAAGCUCCAGUACUGCACGCAUUGACCGACAAGUGAAGACAGAGGUCCUUACACCUGAAGAAUCAAAUUGUUCCAUCUGCCAUCAUUCUUUUCAACAUGAAGGUGAUCACAUGUGCUUUAUAGAAGAAAAUGAAGAUAAUGGAAUGGUUGGUUGUGAGAGCAGAGAUCCUGCUGCCCCAGUGUCACAGGCAGGGAGGAUACGUCCCAUCCGCCAAGCUGUAGUACGAAGAGCCAGAGAUCAAGCCAACAGUAGAAGAGGGGGCCGAAAAAAGCGUGGAGGAUGUGGGCACCAUACCCAACAGCCCCAUAGACAAAAUCAGCAGCAGGAGCUACAGGAAAAACAUACUGUACAAUCACAGGAAAUUCAACACCAGGUAGAGGAAAGUAUCUUGGGUGUGCCAGCUGUUGACUGCAUCACAGAGCUCAAAUGUGAUGCCGAUACCCAGAAUGUAGAGAUUAUUUAUAUCCCAUUCUCUCUACCACUAACUCGACCAAUCCAGGCUGAAUUGAUGCGUGCUAUGUCUAGUGAGGAAGGUGGUCAUGUUGAUAGUGACUUAUUAGAGGGAGGUCCCACUAUUACUUUAGAUGGCACUACAUCAUCUCUCUUAGUAGGGAACAGUACAAUGGUUCCCCUUGUUAAUCAUGCCAGUGUACAUGAAAUGGAUCAUUUAGAGCCCACAAACAUUCUGAAGGAGACAACAGAUCUGCAAGUUAUAUAUAACUCAGCCACAACCCAACAGGAAAGCAAUGAUGCAUCCCAGCUGGUGGAGACACAAUUGACUAGUAACCACCUUCACGGUGGACAGCUCGGUCACGACGCCACCCUGGAUGAGUCUCGGCUCACUCACUCGCAUCUCACUCAUCUUAACAUCUUGCCUGAUCAGACUUGAUAUGAUGUGCAAUAAGUUACAGCCAUAUUCUUUUUCACCGACAUUGGUGUGGUCUUCGAGGAAUACAAGUCAACCACUUUCUAUUCAAUAAAUAGUGUAAAGUUGAAACAUACUGUAUUGCAAUAAUUUAUUGUUAUAAUUUGCAGUCACUAUACAGCAUGUGGGGGAAAAAAAGCCUUACCAGGGAAGAUUUUCUAUGUAGACAAUCAGUUCUAAAUUGUAGAUGUAUGUAAAGUUUUUAAAUUAUGACCUAAAAUAUUUAACUUAUAAGCUUAUAGGCCAGUAAUGAUAUCACGUGUAUAAUGUGUAUAUAUUGAUGAACUUAACAAAUUUUAUAAAGAAA